AUGGCCGCGCAACUUUCUAUACCGAUCUAUACGUCGCUCGAUAAGCUGUAUAACGAUCUGGGCACCGCUGCUAACCAUGCUACGCGAUGGAAUAAUCUCGCCCAGGAAUUUGAGAAGCGAUACGGCCGCAAGCCGAAGUACAUUGCUCGUGCACCCGGUCGUGUAAACCUGAUAGGCGAACAUAUUGACUACGCCCUCUUCGGCGUCUUCCCCGCCGCCAUCGAACCCGACAUCCUCAUCGCAUGUGCCCCCCACCCUCCCCACAACUCCCCACACCCCUCCGGCACCACAACCCCCGCAGCAUCCGUCAACGCACAGAACUUGUACGAGAAAUACACGCCCACGUCUUUUGUACCGAUCAGGAGGAAGUCGCUCGUUACUGCACUCGAGAAGGCGGCCGAAGGUGGGCCGACGGACGAGGAGGUGCAUGUGGAGGAGUGGCAUAUGGAUAUUGAUAAGAAGGAGUUGAGGUGGGAGAGUUAUGUUAAGGCGGGGUAUUAUGGCGUUCUCAACCGCUUCUUUGACCCCACUUCACUCUCCCCCUCUGCCCUCCCCGUACCCGUGGAUCUCCUCGUAACAGGCACCGUCCCCGCCGCAUCCGGUCUCUCGUCCUCGGCUGCCAUGGUCGUAGCCUCGACUCUCGCUUUCCUUGCGGUUAACGAUAAGUUGGAGGGACUGACGAAGGGUCAGUUGGUCGAGAUGGCGAUGGAGAAUGAGCAGAGGGUGGGCGUUAAUAGUGGAGGAAUGGACCAAGCUGCCUCUGUCAUCUCGACCCCCGCAUCUGCCCUUUACGUAACCUUCUACCCCAAACUCGCCGCCUCCCUCGUCCCUCUCCCCGGUUCCGCCCCUUCCACCACAACCAGCACCGCAAACGCCUCCUCACUCCCCCCCAAAGCCGUCUUCAUCAUCGCAAACUCCCUCGUCACGUCCGAAAAGGCUGUCUCCGCAAAAUGGCGCUACAACCUCCGCGUCGUCGAAACCCUCGUCGCCGCGCGCGUCCUGGCACACAAACUCGGGCUUCCGAUCGGACCGAAGGAGAGGAUCACGUUGAGGGAGGUCGUGGGCCGGGUGGGCGGGGAGCCGGAGGGUGGAUGGGGAGAGGGAGGGGAGGGAGAGGUGCAGUAUAAGAAGGCUUUGGAGAGGAUGGUUGGAGAAAGCGAGGUGUUGAAGAGGCAGGGCGGAGCGGAGGGGCAGGAGCAAGAAGGAGUGACGAGGGAGGAGAUGGUUGAGAUGAGCGGGUUGGACGAGAAGACGUUCAAGGAGGUUUAUCUGGACCGGAUCGAAGUCGAGGCGACGUAUUUCCAGCUUUAUAAGCGCGCGAAACACGUCUUCACGGAGGCGUUACGGGUGCUCGAGUUCAGAGACGUAUGUCUCUCCGCGACGGCAUCCGCCUCCUCGUCAGAAGAAACACUCGUCAGUCUCGGAAACCUGAUGAAGUCAUCGCAAACUUCCUGCUCAUCGCUCUACGAAUGUUCGUGCACUGAACUCGACGCGUUGACCGCACUCGCCGUCAAAUCGGGGGCUUAUGGGUCGAGACUGACGGGUGCGGGCUGGGGCGGGUGUACGGUUAGUCUCGUAAGGGAAGAUAAAGUGGACGGAUUUGUGAAGGCGCUGUUGGCUGGGUGUGAGGGGUAUAAAGAGUUUAGGGGUGAGGGCGGGAAGGUGAAAGAGGGCUUGGAGGCGAGGUGGGGAGAGGUUGUGUUUGCGACGAAGCCGAGCAGUGGGGCAUGUGUGUAUAAGUUUGAAGAAUGAACGUAACUAAGGAAUUGGCGAUCGUCGUGGAGCACGGGUAAACCCACAUUUGAUAUCGAUUUAUAUCUCAUGAUUAUCGUUGUU